UCGAGAAUUUUGAUAACGUCUAAACUCAAAAUAUUUAACUAAUAAAUGUUAAUUUUAGGAAUAACAGGAUCAAUUGCAACAGGAAAAUCUACAGUUUCUACAUUUUUACAAUCAAUAUGUUUAUGGCCAUUAAUAGAUACAGAUUUAGUUGCAAAAGAAACAAUUAUGAUUGGAACAAGUACAUAUAAGAAAGUAGUAGAUACAUUUGGAAAAGAUAUUAUAAUGGAAGAUGGAUCGAUUGAUCGGGAAGCUUUAGGGAGAUAUAUUUUUUCUAAUAAAAAUGGAAGAAAAACUUUAAAUAAAAUUAUACAUCCAGAGGUUUUAAAGAGAACAAUUCAUGAAAUAAUAAAAGCAUGGAUAAGGGGAGAAGAUGUUAUAAUAGUAGAUGUACCUUUAUUAUUUGAAAGUGGAUUUGAUUAUUUUUGUGGAAAAAUAAUUUGUGUUGCAUGUCAAGAAAAUACACAAAUUGAAAGGUUACGUACUAGAAAUGGGUAUGCAGAAGAAGAUUCAAUGAAAAGAAUUGAAAGCCAAAUGCCAUUAUGUGAUAAAAUUGAAUUAGCAGAUAUCGUUAUAUGGAAUGAUGGAAAUAAAAAAGAAUUGGAAGAGAAAAUUAAAGGAUUAAUAAAAAAUAUAAAGCCUAGUCGAGCAAGAUGUUUAAUUGAAAGAGUAAUUCCUGUAUUUGCAAUAAUAUCUAUUAUUUAUAUAAUUAUAAAACGUUGGUUAAGAAAAAAAAAGAUUAAAUAAAGUUUGCAAUAUAUAUAUUCAUGAUUAAUUCAUUCUAAUAUACAUUGU